AUGUUUAGACGAGCGCCGGCAGUACCACAGCUGUGGUUCAGCCUGUCCGAUCAGUUGUUCGACUCGAAAUGCUCAGAUGUAUACUCCCUCACAAUGUCCUCCAAUCACACCUACAUUACGGCAAAGUCCAGUGCUAACGCCUAUAUCUCCUGUGCAAAACAAGUGCUACAUUUUUGGCUUCAGAAAACGAUCACCGAGUUCUAUCCGACACCCGGUACGGCCACUGUACUUCCAGAUACAAAUCGCUGUAGUGAUCCACUGAAGAACUAUCUCAACUGUGGAACAAAGUGUCCUGUCGGGUGCAACGAUCUCAGUCCGUCAGCAACUUGUAGUCUUGCAUGUGUGUCUGGCUGCUUUUGCCGGUCUCCUUAUAUUCUUGUGGAUGCCAAGGUGUGA